AAGAACUCAUUGCUCUAAUACCUAAAAGUGGGCAGAAAUCUGUGGGAGCCCUGUGGCAGUGUCUUCAGCACCGGACGUUAAUCAAUGACUCACGGUAGAAGAUGAGAUGAGGCACAAGCAGGUGAAGUGACUUCCCCAAGGCCACCCAACAGGUGACAGUGAGGGGGAUGAAGAGGAGACCACCCAAGACGAAGUUUCUUCCCACACGUCUGAGGAGGAUGGCGGGAUGGUGAAAGUGAAAAAAGAAUUAGACGGUGCAGAGCAGAAUGUUGGUGGGAAUGAAGUGGUUGGGGGACAGGAGGUUACUGAGAAUUUGAGCUCUGACCCUAUGCUUGCGCUCUGCCAGUGCCCCCUAUGUCAGCUGGACUGUGGUAGCCGAGAGCAGCUCAUUGCUCAUGUAUAUCAGCAUACGGCGGCUGUGGUGAGCGCCAAGAGUUACAUGUGCCCGGUGUGCGGCCGGGCCCUCAGUUCUCCGGGAUCGCUGGGCCGCCACCUAUUGAUCCAUUCAGAAGAUCAGCGGUCCAACUGUGCCGUGUGUGGGGCCCGGUUCACCAGCCAUGCCACUUUCAACAGUGAGAAGCUCCCAGAAGUUCUGAAUGCCGAGUCUCUUCCCCCUACCCACAGCGAAGGCCCCUCCGGCGCCGAGGGGAAGGACAUUGCCUUUAACCCCCCCGUGUACCCCGCCGGCAUCCUGCUCGUGUGCAACAACUGUGCCGCCUACCGCAAGCUUCUGGAGGCCCAGACCCCCGGCGUGCGGAAGUGGGCGCUCCGGCGGCAGAACGAGCCCCUGGAGGUGAGGCUCCAGAGGCUGGAGCGAGAACGCACGGCCAAGAAGAGCCGGAGGGACAACGAGACGCCCGAAGAGCGGGAGGUGAGGCGCAUGCGGGACCGGGAGGCCAAGCGCCUGCAGCGGAUGCAGGAGACGGAUGAACAGAGGGCCCGCCGGCUGCAGCGGGACCGCGAGGCCAUGAGGUUGAAGCGGGCCAACGAGACUCCCGAGAAGCGGCAGGCCCGGCUCAUCCGGGAGCGGGAGGCUAAGAGGCUCAAAAGGCGCCUGGAGAAAAUGGACAUGAUGCUGCGGGCCCAGUUCGGCCAGGACCCCUCGGCCAUGGCCGCCCUGGCGGCCGAGAUGAACUUUUUCCAGCUGCCGGUGGGCAGCGUGGAGCUGGAGAGCCAGCUCCUGGGCAAGAUGACCUUUGAAGAGCAGAACAGCAGCUCACUGCAUUGAGCCGGGACCACCCCCCCGCCACCCCCAGCAGCAAACAGAAACCCGGUCUCUGCCUGUCCGUGAGACUCCCCCUCCCCUCCAAUCCCACAGUCGGGGCGGCCCUUGGGUUCGGACCUCUCUUAGCCGGCACAGCUGCAGGUGGACCCGAGCUCCCCUUGCAUGCGGGAGGCGGGGACGGGUAGAGGAAGGGUCCGGCUCAGGCGGCGCUUGAGGGAACGGGCACCGGCAAGGAACCGGACGGACGGCCCGGCCCCUGCCUCGGGGUGGGCUCGGCGGCCCGUGGGGCCGCCCCGGGGCGGCCCGCCGUGCCGCGAGGGCAAAUAAAUUAAUUUUAUCUUCACCGAGUCCCCUUCCCUGCUUCUCUCUCAACUCCGUCCCGGGCCGAGGGGCCCGGCGUCGCGGCGGCUUCGAGAGGCCCCCCAGACCGAAGGGUGUCCUUUGCUUCCCGGGGUUUGGCCUCAGUCCUUCAGUUCGGAUAAUAAGUUUGGCUCGUAAGGCCACCCUCUGUCUUAGCUGCAGGGUGUUGAUAAAAUUCUUCUAAAGGCACUGAGCUGGGCUCGAGGGAAGCUUCCCCUUUCCCAUCACCAGGACAGCAGGAGACACAAAGGAUCUUUUCUCAGACCAGUGCUAUAAGGAACGUUUUAGCCCUGGGUCCCCCUGCCAAGGCCGAAAGAGGUAAAGGUGCUUCAGGAAAGGAGGCAGCAGCCGUCCUAACAUUCCCCGGCGAAAUCUAACUUGCUCACACCUUAAGUUACUGUCUUUCCAAAGAACAAGUUACCCACCCCUCCGGGGUUGCACCAUAAUAAAUACCGGCAGUGAUGAGGCCCACGUCAUCAACGGGGGAGUUGGGCGGCUGACUGGUGGGUGGGCAGGGAGAGAGAAUCGAUCUUCUCCCAGCCUCCAACGGGGUCCCACAACGGUUGGAGAGUCAGUUUUCUCCUGUCAGCGGAGGAACACAAGUGGUUUGGUUAUUUUUUUUCCCCCGGCCCCCAAAGUCUCUGGUCAUCUUCGGGUGUCCCGCCUGCAGAAGCUGCCCCAGAGCUUUUCAGAAAGAGACGGCGGAGGUCGGUAGCCCUUUCGCGUCUCCCAACGCUACUGCAAGCCAGUGGUCGAUACAGAGGGGUCGAUACGCCACAUCCGUUUUGCCCGGCCAGUCGGCUCUCCCGGUCCCAGUCGGUCCUUGCUGCUCUCCCACAAUCACACUGGACUUCCUGCUACUCUCCCCCUUAACCCCCUCAUCCUGUUUGGGCAUGAAGAAGUCUCCUUAAAACUCAGCUGAAAUAUAUAUAAAAAAUGUUGCUGA